AAAAUCGUGAGCAUUAACACUCCAAGCUCCAUAAUCUUCCUAUCCUCCCUCGCUUCCUUUCUUUCUCUCUGUCUCUAUCCCUCUCUCUCUCUCUCUCUCUCUCUCUCUCUCUCUCUCACACACACACACACACACACACACACACACACAAUCACGCAUACAGAGAGACACACAAUGAGCACAGAAAAUCCUAUUCGUAAUAACGUGAACUUUGCUACCCCAAGAAGCUUCGGAACAACCCUGAAAUCCCAUCUCAAAGAGACUUUCUUUCCUGAUGAUCCAUUCAGGCAGUUCAGGAAUGACAAAUCUGGUGGCAGAGUCAUAAAAAAGGCUGUGCAAUACUUUAUUCCAAUCUUUGAAUGGCUACCCAAUUACAAUCUACGCUUGUUUCGAUUUGAUGUGCUUGCUGGUAUAACCAUUACCUCUCUUGCCAUUCCUCAGGGGAUCAGCUAUGCAAAACUUGCCAAUCUCCCUCCUAUAAUUGGCCUGUACUCGAGCUUUGUUCCUCCUCUCAUUUAUGCUGUUUUCGGAAACUCGAAGCAUCUAGCAGUAGGGACGGUUGCUGCUUGUUCAUUGCUCAUAGGCAAUACAAUUGGAGAAAAAGUAUCUUACCAAGAUGAUCCGAAUUUGUACCUCCACUUGGUUUUCACUGCUACUUUCUUCACAGGAAUUUUUCAGACUCUUCUGGGUCUCUUAAGACUGGGGAUUCUGGUGGACUUCUUGUCACAUUCAACUAUCACCGGUUUCAUGGGAGGAACAGCAACUCUUAUCUGCUUACAACAGCUUAAGGGCAUAUUUGGAUUGAAACAUUUCACCACCAAAACUGAUGCUGUUUCUGUCCUCCGAGCAAUUUUGCAAAAUAGAAAAGAGUGGAAGUGGCAGAGUACAAUUGUAGGCAUCAUCUUCCUUGUUUUUCUUCAGUUCACUCGGUUUCUGAGGAGGAAAAGGCCAAAUCUGUUUUGGGUGUCAGCCAUAGGUCCAAUGGCGGUGGUCGUAGUUGGGUGUCUUUUCGCCUAUUUUGCUCACGCCGACAAACAUGGAAUCCAAAUCGUGGGUCACCUCAACAGAGGCCUAAAUCCUCUAUCCAUUAAACAAUUGAACUUCGAUUCUCAGUACAUACCUGUGACUUUGAAAGCUGGCCUCAUCACAGCCCUUAUUGCUUUGGCUGAAGGAAUAGCCAUAGGAAGGAGCUUUGCCAUAAUGACAAAUGAACAAGUUGAUGGGAACAAGGAGAUAAUGGCUUUUGGUCUCAUGAAUAUUGUUGGCUCCUUCACUUCUUGCUACUUGACCACUGGGCCAUUCUCCAAAACCGCGGUGAAUUACAAUGCAGGGUGUAAGACGGCAAUGUCUAACGUAGUAAUGGCAAUUGGCAUGAUGCUUACACUAUUAUUCUUGGCUCCUCUCUUUAGUCAUACUCCUCUAGUUGCUCUAUCUGCCAUUAUCAUGUCUGCAAUGCUUGGACUGAUCAAUUAUGGGGAAAUAUAUCACCUUUUCAAGGUUGAUAAAUUUGAUUUUGUAAUUUGUAUUUCUUGCUUCCUUGGAGUUGCCUUCAUAAGCAUGAACUACGGCCUCAUGAUAUCGAUUGGGCUUGCUUUGGCGAGGACACUACUAUAUGCUGCUAGGCCUGCUACCUGUAGGCUUGGACAAAUUCCAAACUCAUAUUUGUAUCGUGACACAGAGCAGUAUCCUGGAUUGACAAGGGUCCCAGGAGUCCUUGCCUUGCAACUUGGCUCCCCUAUCUACUUUGCCAAUUCCAAUUACAUUAGAGAAAGGAUUCUCCGGUGGAUUCGAGAAGAAGAAGACAUUUCAAAUGCUAAGGAGUCUGUUGUUGAGCAUAUUUUACUAGAUUUAUCAGGUGUUACCUCCAUCGAUACAACAGGUAUCGAAACAUUAAUUGAAAUAAGAAAAAUGCUUGAAGCAAAAAGCAUUAAGAUUGCAAUUAUAAACCCUAGGCUAGAAGUAAUGGAGAAAAUGAUAAGGUCACACUUUGUAGACAAGAUUGGAAAGGAAUCCAUAUUUUUGAGCAUUGAGGAUGCAGUUGAGGCAAGUUUAUUUUCAAUGUCGGAGCAAAAGCAACAACAACAACAGGAUGAUUUCGUUUAGAUGGAGCUGUGUUGAUGAGGACCUCAUCAUGUACUAUAUGCUGCAAAUGUAGCUUUAAGGAUAAGAAGAUGAACAAAUUGCACAAUGAGAUGGUGCAUUUCAUAAGUUCAUACAUAUAACCUUAUACACAAGAGCUGGGUUUUUUUCUUGAAUUUUCAACAGCCUUAUCUUUGUAUCUUUUUUCCAUUUUAAAUUGAACGAAUAAACACCUUCUUGUCUUGAA